UUAACCAUGCCCCCGAAUACAUCAUGGACAUUAAGGUGCCUUCCCUGAAUUCCUCGUCUGCUGUGUUAUCGACCGCCCCCUCGACGCCUAGCGAUCACGGCCACAAAAUCACAAGUGAUAAGGAUGAUGGUGAUAAAGAUAGGGGAAAAGGAGGAGAAGAAGAAGAAGAGGAGAAGGACCAGAAGGGAUUCCUCGUGCAUACGUCUGGCUGUAUUAUCCCGGACUUUGAUCCCUUUCAUCACACUGUAACGCGUUUCAUCUCUAAUCCUAUCUCGUUGACAUGUAGCAACCACGUAGCUCUGACCAGCGCCAAUGGGACGACCUUGUACUACCACCCCCAAGCCUUACGCGACCACCUCGACUACUUCUUAAAGGUGUACGAGGACGCCCUCACUUCCACCAUCCCGUCCUCCUCGACGUCCCCUUCGUCGUCGUCAUCAGCAUCGUCUUCAUCUUCCUCGUCUUCAUCAUCAUCAUCUUCAUCUUCAUCUUCAUCUUCUUCCUCUUCAUCAUCAUCAUCAUCUUCUCCUUCUUCCUCAACGACCAAACGACCUUUCCUCUCGACGACCUCCUACGUAUCGGUCGAAACGGAGAAUGAGAGGGCCAUUAGGGAACACAAGCUUAUCAACACCAACGUCUACUUCGAUUUCGUCACAAACACGAGCUCGGACCUCGGCGGCGACAGCGGGCCCGACGGAAGUGACGUCAGGUGCUGCUACCGCGCCAUCUAUCGGGUGGAGCAGAAACCAGAGCUGUAUAACGCCGCCGCCGAUGGAAGAUGGAGAUACAGCCCCUGGUGCGCACCGCUCGAGGGCGAGAGGACCGCGAUCCGCGAGGACGCCAUCCUCGUUUACUGCAACAUGAGCCACGUCGUCAUCUACAAAAACGUCCACUACUUCAUCCAGAGGGAGAGGGCCUUCCCGACGCCCCCGAGCCAAGGACCGAGGACCGAGGCCCCGCCCGGAGCGAGACCCGAGAGCCAAGGUUCCAGUCGAGGUCACAGCCAAGAACCAGGAUCGCACCCGAGCCAGCAACCGAAAAGCCAGGCCACAGCCGAGGCCGGGACCGAGGACCCGACCGACGCCACUCGAAGGAAGGACACCAACGCCUCUUCCACCGACGCCUCCUCCUCCACUUCGUCUUCCUCCUCCUCCACCAGCUCGUCCUCUACCCCGUCGACCUCCACCAACGCGAAGGAGGACCCCGAAGACACAGAGCGUCUCAGCGUCAUCAUCUUCGGGACGGACUCUGCCUCGCGCCUCAACAUGCGCCGACACCUGCCGAAGACGUACCAGUACCUGACGGAUGACCUCGGCGCCGUGGACUUGGGCGGCUUUAAUAAGGUGGGGGACAACACGUUCCCGAACCUGGUGCCUGUCAUGAUCGGCCUCAGCAGCGCGGAGCUCAGCAAGCACAAGUGCGUCCCCGCGAAGGAGAAGUUCGACGACUGUCCUUGGGUGUGGAAGGACUUCAAGAGGAAGGGCUAUGCCACUGCCUACAUGGAGGACUCCCCCUGGAUGGGCAUCUUCAACUACAUGCACAACGGGUUCGUGACGCCGCCCACAGACUACUAUGGGCGCGCCUUCUUCCUCGCUUCUGAGAAGGAGAUUGGGCGUGAGAAGCAUGGCAAUUCGAACUUCUGCCAGGGACCCAAGCAGAGCCUUCAGGUGGUCCACGACUACUCCCUCGAGAUCGCCCGCACCUUCCGGAGUCGGCCGAGCUUCAGCCUGUUCUGGUCGGCGAGCGUGAGCCACGACAACCUGAACAUGCUCCGCCACGCUGACCUGCCGCACCUGGACUACCUGAAGAAGCUGCGGGAGAUGGGCGCCCUCAACCGCACCGCCCUCUUCUUCCUGAGCGACCACGGCAUGCGCUGGGGCACCAUCAGGUCCACCUACGUCGGGAUGCUGGAGGAGAGGCUACCCUACGUGCUGGUUUACCUCCCGCCGUGGUUCAGGGAGAGGUACCCCGAGGCCUUCGCCAACCUGCGCCACAACGCCCGCCGCCUCACAGCCAACUACGACCUGUAUGAGACGCUGCAGGACCUGGCGCACAGGAGGUAUUCCCAGCUGAGCCACGUGACCUCCAGUCCCCGUGCCGGCGCCAGGGGGAUUAGCAUAUUCCAGCGCAUCCCCGCCAACCGCACCUGCAGCGCCGCCGGCAUCCCCGACCACUUCUGCACCUGCCAGGACACGAAGGAGGCGGACUCCGGCGACCCCGCGCUCGAGCUGGCCGCCGCCUUCCUGCGGGGGACGCUCAACCAGGACCUCAGCGCCUUCCCCGCCUGCGUCAGGUUCUCGGAGAUCCGGGUCAUAACAGGUCGAGUGUCCAGAUCCAACAAGCAGCUAUCCCCCCAGGACACAACCAGCGACGUGAGAAGCUAUCUACUGCAAGCCACUCUCCACCCUGGCGAUGUUGCCGUGGAGGCAACCCUGCGCUACAACCCGCAGCCAGAGUUAUUCCAGGUGACCGGUGAGGUAUCAAGGAUCAACCAGUACGGAAACCAGAGCCACUGCAUCAAACACUCCGUCCUCAGGAAGUUCUGCUUCUGCAAGGACCAACUCGAAACCGACCACCCCACAGACCACAAGACCUCUGAUUCAGACCUCAAAGACCAACAAGGGCUUAAGAAAACUACCCUCGACCACUCCACAGACAAGACACACGGCACUGAAGAAAGCCGCGCGGACGAGUCUUACGCCGGGGACGACCGCCACACGACCAAGCCUUUCGAUAACGACCGUCAGUACGACCACAAGCAACAAGAGGGACUUCAGACGCUCGAAGGAAACUCUGGGAUGAAGGAUGAGACUACGCAACGACAAGGAGAGGAGGCGACGACGAAGGAGGUGGAAGGGACGGAGGACAAGAAGGAAAAGAGUGAUAAGGGGAAAAGAUGAAUUGAGGAAUAGAAGAGGAGGAGUCGUGGAGAGAACGAGGAAGGGAUAGAAGCAGGCGAUGAAUGAAGAAAAGUGGGAAAGAAGGACAAAGAGAAGAAUGAGAUGAAAACAAAAAAAGGAUAAAACAGAAGAAUAGAUAAAAGCUAGAAAGAGAAAACAGAGAUAACACGAACAGUGAGAGAGGGCGUGUGUUUGCAUGUCUGCUGAUGAUGGACAAAAGAACAUAUCAAAACGGUAUUAGAUAGUUCACCAGUAAAUAGUUCUUACAUUAACAACUGACGAUGUAUGUUUAGGCCUGUAACUAUCAUAUCUUUAUACGGGUUGAGAAAUCAAAAAAACAAAAACAAAAAAAAUCUCACGAAAGGUUGCUGAAAAAAGAAAAAUACACCAAAAUAUUGAUAAAAUGCAAAAGAUAGAAAGCAAAAAGCUUUUACCUUUAUUCCAUAUACAAAUGAAAUUAAUAAAUGAGAAAUAAUUGAUACAGCAUCUGCAUGAAUAUUCAGGAUUGAUACAUGGCCAAUAGAUAAACUAGUCAGUAUAAACCACAGUAAACCAUUUAGAAAGUGAUUUGAUAAACAAUUUUAAAAAUGGCUCAAGAUCUAGAGUUAUUUUGAAAGUGCAGCUGAAUAAAGGAGAACAAAACACCUAAUAACAAGUAAGAUACUAAUGAAUGGAAGAAUGUGUAGAGAAAAUUAAAGACAAGAAAGUAUAAGCAUACACACACACAUACACACAUCUCUUCCUUCAUUCUAAAAGAAGCAGAAGAGGGAUGAGGAAGAAGAAGAAAUUGGGGUUGAGAAGAAGAAGAAUGCCAAGAACAAGAGAAGAGAAAGAAGAAGAAGAAGAAGAAAGAGAUGUGUCGAAAAAGCCACCGAUCUCAAAAGGAAGGCUGGAUCGAACCGCCCCACGUUUUCGGUUCCUCUGAAGCCAAUAGAAUUUGACCGGCGCCACGUGGUUAGGUCGGGCGACUCUCGCACCGAAGCGAAAUUCUUGAAAACGUCACCUAUUUUCCCUCUUAUAAAACACGUGAAUCACGCAUGCUUUUUCUCUCCCUUUUUUCCAGCAUAAAAUGGAAGCUCAUGUUCGUUUUACGCGAUGCUUUGGCAAAAAAGAUGGAGGGCAGGACCAUCCCGUAGACCGCUAGUAAUACUUCCAAAGAGAAAUAGUGAAGUCCCAUCUAAUUAAGAUUAUUUUACCAUGUAGGAUGCUUAGGAUUGCAUCUACAGCACCAGUGGGUUAGGUCAUCAGAACUAGUUCUCCAAUAGAGGAAAAUCUUGCUUCAGGAACCAGAAAUAUUGAAAUAUCUCAUGAAUCAACUGGAAUGGUUAGAAGCUCAGGAGGAAAUGAAAUACAUGAUCCCACAUUUUAAAUAAGGGUAAUAAAAGCGAUUUAACCAUUAUAUGCCAUAGUGCAUAUUAUCCUGAGUGUACGACAAGGUCCCAACUAGAUGGCCGCCUGAAUAUUUAUCUUUAGAACCUUAGAAACUCGACCCAGUCUUUCCUUUGAGGCCAGUGGAAAAAAAGGCCUCUUCGCUCAAGUUCCGGAGAGGUUCAUUUACUGGUUCAAACGGUGUUCAGAGUUCGCAAACGUUCACCAAACGUUUCCGACUCUUCUAAUUUAUCCAAAUAUUUCAAGUGCCAAGAUUGCGUCUGCAUUUUAAGCAUUUCAUAUGACUGCAGUGAUAAUAUUGUACGUUUUAUUUUCUUUGUAUUGUACUGUACUGAAAGCUUUGAUGUUUGCCGACGUCUGAGAUAGUAACUUAAGAUAUUAGGUAGGUUUGUAGAAUCUGUAUAAAACUUCGUUGGUGAGUGUCCAGGUGUGAGACAUUUUCUCUUUGUUUGUGUUUCUCUUUCUUGGACAGUCUGCUAAUUUCUUGACUUUUUACCUUUAUUUCUCUAUCCCCCUGUCUUUCCUCACUCUCUCUCGCUCUGUUUUUCUUUUCUUCUCUCUAUAUAUUUAUCGUAGUCCCUAAUGCGUUUCUC